GCCCCCUUCACUUCCUACACCAACCUUAAUACUUGUCAUUCCUCUUCUUCGAUAUUAUGGAAGCCACUAAAAUGAUCCUGCCGGAAAACUCUGACAACAUAACCACUGUCCGCCGCCUUUACCAGGUCAUAUCAACCGGGGUUGGAGAAAUAUCCGGCCUCAUAGCUGAAGACCUGGAAUGGUGGUUCCACGGCCCACAAAACUGUCACCACAUGAUGAAAAUGCUGACGGCCGGAAACUCGCCGACGUCGGAUUUCAAGUUUAAACCCCGGAGUAUGGACACCAUUGAUGAUCGGAUUAUAGUGGAAGGUUGGGAAGGGGCUGAGGUGUACUGGGUGCACGUGUGGACCCUGAAAGAUGGGGUGAUCACUCAGUUUAGAGAAUACUUCAACACUUGGCUGACAGUAAGAGAUUUGAGGCCCCUCACCACUCUUUGGCAGAGCCACCCUCGGGACCUCGCCAAACGCUCCUUCCCAGGGCUCAUGCUCGCCAUCUGAUCAUGCAUGCAUCCGUCCAUCCCCUGCUACCUAUUACUAUAUAUCACCAAUAUCAAUCAUGUUCAAUCAUCGUGGUGUCAAAAAUAAUUUCUUAAUGUACUCCACAUCCCAUGUAAUUAAUUAAGGAAAAGAUUAAGGUUUAAGAAAAUGUCAAUUUUCGCCUGUUUAUUGUCUGAGAAGUACUCCUAAUUAAAUAAAA